AUGGCCACUCUCGGCAGAGCCAGUGUCUUGCUCUUCUUCCUCACGGUCCUUUGCUCCACGGGACCUCUACCUGGUCCUGCCAAUGCAAGGCAUUUCCCUCGUAAGGAUGGCAUUAGUGCCAGCGCCACCUAUCUCAGCAAGUUCUCCUUGCCACCGCUACCCUGGAAGUCCGACAGCAGCCAUGGAUCGGGAAGUGGCCAUGGAUUCGGCUGGACCAUUUCGCACAAUGGGUCGGACACAAACAUUGGAUUUGGCGGGGGUGCUGGUGGUGGCAUUGGUACCACCCGUGCUGGUGGCUCUAGUGCAGGCGGCGGAGUUGGCCUUGGGGUCGACAUUGACAUUGGCAAGGGUGGAGUGGAUGUGGGCAUCGGUGUUGGCGGCAGCGGCGCCAUCAGUACCCACAACGGAAGCGCAAGUGUACGUGGUGGUCUUGGAGAAGGCAUUGGAAUCCACUUCGGCCCUGAUGGUCUGGUUGUCACCCAUGGAGGUGGUGCCAACGUAGGCGGUGGUGGCAGUGAUGGUGCGUCCGGCAGUGGAAGCGGUGUUGGACAUGCAGGCAAUGCUGUGGGUAGCGGCCAAGGCUCUGGAAAUGCAAGCGGUGGAACAGGCAGUGGCGGAGGGAGUGGAAGCGGCGCAGGACAAGGAGGCUUUGGAGGAGGCGGUGGGGGUGGCACUGGAAGUGGUCGCCAUCCGUGAGGAUUGAGUAAUUGUUCUGUGUGCGUGGAGGAAAUCAGCUUGGUUUGUGAUGUAGUGUUUAAGCUUUAGUUGGUGGGUUGCCGUGUGAAUUGUUAAGGUAGCUACAGGAUUUUAGCGAUGCUAUUAGAUUUCGGUGGAUGAAUAUUAAUUUCUUCUGCAGUGAUGCAUGAACAAA